UCUUUCUGUCACUCUUCCUUCCAAGACCUUGCCUUCUCUAUCUCGUUCAUAACUCAAAGAUGCGAUUCAAACGGCCGAUCGACUCGAAACCCUUUGCCUGCCUUUGGUGGACAGCAUUCCUUUUCGUCAACGGCGUUCUGAUAUGUUAUGGCGUCUUCAAAAUCAUAGACCUUGACUCCAGGGAAUUCUUUAUUAAGACCACUAGAACUGAAACGACCCGGGAAAAGCCAUAUCAGCCCUUUCCAGACGUCAUGAUCUGUACUCGAGGAGGGGUUGUCGAAGCAUCGCUCCUGCUAGAAUUUAAUGCGGCUGCCACCAUCAGACAUUACAGCUUACCCUCUGGUUUCCUUGGUCCCUGUGGUCAGGGGGAUGACACCUUGGCCAUCGUUUCCAUGAACAAUGCUACGGUCGAUUGCAUAGAAAACACGUCCCUGGGCCUUUCAAUCAACCCCGCAAAUACAUCGUCAGCAGUCGAAUUUUCAAGGUACCACGCUACCGUCAUUAUAACUUCUGGCCAGAGUAACCCAUACGUACAACCGGGUGCAUUAUCGCAGGACAUAAACCAGCCUGAAGAUCUUUACAUCAACACCUACACAGUCCCGCAUAAUAUGACGGGCAUUGAUAUCCGUGUCGUACCAAAAUCGACCCGUGUUAUCGGCAAGGAUUUCUGGGGCCUGUUCGGAAAUCACGAGAGCGAGAAUAUGCAGAGCAUAUCGUCUACUGCAACUACAUAUACCGAAAUCGGCGAGACCAAUAUCUAUGUAUUCGUGCCAUCAUAUUCUCUGGAGGACGAACAGAUCCUGGUCACGCCAGUUCUUCGCGUAUUUUCUGAUUGGGGAGGUGCAUUCUCUGCCGCCUGGGGGGUUUUUUAUUUCUUUUUUGGCUCGUCGCGUGUGGAGCCAUUCGGUUUAAUCACCGCGCGCUUCCUCCGCCGGAAAACCAAGCGAAAUAUCGCUGCGAAGUAUGGUUACUUGGCAUCGGAUCUUGAGGCGAACAAACCUGAAGAGUCCUCGCUCGUCUCUACUUCACAGCCUUUGUACCCUCCUGAGAAGUCUCCAGGUCAGGAGAAAGAAGUGCCACCGACAAAUCUCCCUUAUUCAUCCGAUAUAGCGGCUGAAAAAGGUGUAGUAGAUUUGGCGUUGAUUCUUGAGAAGUUGAAACAACAGGAGGAGCGCAUCCAAAGGCAAGAGAAACAAAUUCAGGAACAUAAGAAAGACGCCUACAAAGUCAAGAAGGACUUUUACAAUAUGGAGGGACUGUUGAAAGACUAUUACCUGAACAUGGACCUCGUCGAUGCGGAGGGUCUUGUUUCUGCUGGUCAACGCUGGUAUGACCUGUUCUUCUAGUGCAAAUCAAGCAGUGGUCAAGACAAAGACAGCUACGAACUGUCACUUAUGCUGGACAAAGAAGAAUAAAGUGCGUAAGCAAUAUCCUGCACCUGUAUAAUA